CAUUUUGUCUGCGGGUUCGGUCCCGGGUAGUCGACGCCGGUGUAGAAUAGUACAAUUCCCAUUUGCUGUAAGUUCGCGCGCGGACCGCGGGAGAUCCAGUGGCUGUCCUUCGGCGGCGUUUGCGUUUCAUUGAUAUCAUUCGUGCCGGGGCGUAAGAGGUAAGCAGUGAGAACACACACCGGUGUGCGACGAGUUGCGCGCGCGCGCGAGGAAAAAGUACGAGGAUUACGAGGAAUCGUGGGUCCUUUCUUCAUCUUAUUCGCGACGAUUUCGACGUGAAUCACAAAGGCGUAAAAACCGACUUGUCUUUUCCUGAUCUCCGUCUUGUAAACGACUUCGUUCGGCAAGAUGGCGGAGCUGCAGGGCACCCCGGUGGCACAGGACGCCCUGACCGUGGCGCAGCUUGAACUUGAGGGGAAUCCGAAUGCUUUAGCGCUGCGCAGGCCAUUUGAUCCGGUGGCGCAUGAUCUCGAUUCGUCCUUCCGCUUGACGCGAUUCGCUGACCUAAAAGGAUGAGGGUGUAAGGUCCCUCAGGAGGUUCUUGGUAAACUCCUCGAGGGACUUCAGGCAGAUGACGCGUCUGCACAGGACCACGAGCAUGCCCACUUUAUGCACAUGGCGAUUCCCCGCAUCGGUAUUGGCAUGGAUGCCUCUGUGACACCUGUGCGACAUGGUGGACUUAGCCUAGUGCAGACUACGGACUUCUUUUACCCACUAGUCGACGAUCCUUAUAUGAUGGGUAAAAUCGCGUGCACCAAUGUUCUCAGCGAUCUGUAUGCGAUGGGUGUCACGGACUGCGACAACAUGUUGAUGCUGUUGGGUGUCAGCACAAAGAUGACGGAGAAAGAGCGCGACGUCGUCGUACCGCUGAUAAUGAGAGGAUUUAAGGAUUCUGCUCUAGAUGCAGGUACCACGGUAACGGGUGGCCAGACAGUCGUAAAUCCAUGGUGCACCAUCGGUGGAGUUGCUACUACCGUUUGUCAACCAAAUGAGUAUAUCGUGCCAGAUAACGCUGUAGUUGGGGAUGUAUUGGUUCUAACAAAACCCCUUGGCACACAAGUUGCCGUCAACGCGCAUCAAUGGCUUGAUCAGCCCGAUCGUUGGAACAGAAUCAAACUUGUAGUGAGUGAGGAGGAUGUGCGAAAAGGCUAUCAACGUGCAAUGGACAGUAUGGCCAGGUUGAAUAGAACAGCUGCUAGAUUGAUGCAUAAGUAUAAUGCACAUGGAGCCACAGAUGUCACCGGUUUCGGUCUUCUAGGACAUGCUCAAAAUCUGGCAAAACAUCAAAAGAAUGAAGUUUCCUUUGUUAUCCAUAAUUUGCCUGUUAUUUCAAAGAUGGCUGCAGUAGCAAAGGCGUGUGGAAACAUGUUCCAGCUAUUGCAGGGUCACUCUGCUGAAACUAGUGGCGGUCUGCUCAUUUGCCUUCCUCGAGAACAGGCUGCGGCGUAUUGUAAAGACAUCGAAAAACAAGAAGGAUAUCAAGCAUGGAUUAUCGGCAUCGUGGAAAAAGGCCUUCGUACAGCCAGAAUAAUUGAUAAGCCACGAGUAAUUGAAGUUCCGGCUAAGGAAAAGGAUGGCGAGCUUUGGUGACAAAAUAAAACUAUAACAAGAACGCAUAUAUAAACAAGGAUGACAAUGAUUUUUGCGAAGAAAUCAGAUAUCUUAACAAGUAGUAUAUACGCAAUAAAAGAGAGAUAUAAUCUAAAAGACUUAAGUAGAGCACCAUACACAUACACAGACAUAAAGGACGAAGGCCUUCAAAUUGUCUCCUAUGCGUACGCUUUGAAUAAUUCAAGAAGUUAAAAGCACAGGCCCUAACGUUGUAUUACUUUUUCAUAUGAAUAAAGUGCUACUUUGUCAAUAAAAUUAAA